CAGGUAUAAGCCCAGCUGAUUGGGCUGCAUUGAGGCGUUCGCUGAGGCGUAGUGGACAAGAUGCACUUAUCUCUAUCUCCUCACCCAUUACUCUCAGUUCCCUUCCUGGCCCCCUCUCAAUUGAUUCUACUCUCCAAAAACAGGCCGACCACAGUCCACCACAUCCACCCACCACGCUCGCGCCCGUGUCCGCCCGCUACGCCGCCGUCCGCAAAAGCUUACACGGCCCUGGAGACGCCGGACCAACGACUCUUCAAGCCGUCCGGGACAACGAAGUCAUCGGCAAGCUCUCUCCGGUGAAGUUGCCCGCCCUCGUCAUGGGCGUCGCCUCAGGCAAUCGGCAUGGAGACGGGUAUGUAUCUGAACGACAGCGGGAUUAUGCAGCCUGCUGCGGACGGAGACCCCGCGGCUCUUGGGUAUGCGUCCUGG